GACAGAAAAAGAAAUAUUUGCUCGUCUUGUUUGUUUUUUGGAGUAAAUGCAAGCAAUGUCUCGAUUUCUUCAGUCAACCCCAGUUAUACAUCGGGUCUCGUUGAUCCUUUCUGUACCUAAACACAGACAAGGUUAUAAUCCUUUACUUGUUUUUCUCUAAUCCCCUGACAGUCAAAGAACGAGUCCAAAAGCCUUCUCUCUCUCUCUCUCCGCGUGUUGCAUUUAGAACAAAGAGAAAUUUUAGCUCGACUAGUACCUGCACGAUCGAUAUGGGAGGCGUGUUAUGAGCCAACCACAAAUCACCGUAGUUCGAAUUUAAAGCUAAAAAGGAUCAUUUAUCGUUAGAGUAUUGGAGGAAGCAAGUUUCAUCAUGGCUGUCCCGUUUAGAAUAACAUGGCUACAGAGCAAGGGCAAUCUGACUCCAACAGCAGUCUGGAGGGCAUUCCAGUAAAAAGAGCUCGAAAAGAAAAUUCUGAGGAUAAAGAAAGCCUAAAUUCAAGUCGUGGAAGUACCCCAGAACAUCCUACCAGUAAUGGUGCAACUAGAGUUGAAGUCCUCCAGGGGAUGACCCCAGAGGCUGACAAGACAGACUCUUGGGACGUUAGUGCUGAUUCAUCRAUAUCUGGUGGAGGAAACGACCUUGGCGUAGGGGGCCCUAACGUCAUUGCACCUGUUUCAACCAAUUCAUUAGAGUACACUGAAGCGGGUACAACAGUCACUAAUCUGGAUAGCUGUGUGUAUGGUGUGCCUGCCAUGCAUAGUGCAGACAGCUCAUCGCAAUUCCAGGUUACUGGACAAUAUCUUACAAAUCCAUCUGGGUUCUUCACCCAGCGUCCAUACCCACAUAUUGUUCCUGCCCCAUCACAGCAAGGCAUUGGCACACAGUAUCCAACUGGCRGCGGGGUCAUACAAGGCACUGGAAUAAACCCAGCCACCAACUAUCUCUACUCACAGACAGGGGCACAGACUGGCUACCCRUUAGUACAAACGGUGAGGUACCCAACAAGUAGUUCUCCAGCCAAGACUUCAAGUGACGCUGGGACUGUAUCAACAGAUCCUAGCCAAACUGGCCCCAUUCCAGAUAUCUCARUCCUAAGGCAGCCAGUGAGUUCAUUCGGCAAUCCAUAUGGGACUGCAGCAUAUUCCAGUGUUAUACAACAAGGACAAGGCCAGUCAGGGUUCAAUACAUCCUAUCCGCAGCAGUAUUCUACUGUUACAUAUGUUGCAAACACAACUGCACCCACGUCUACGUCCAGUGGAUAUACUACUCAGCAAAGUGGUCAAGCUACUUUCCAAUAUCGUUAUGCUCAACAGAAUAAUAUACAAGGGGCAGGAUAUGCGUAUGGCUUCCUGAAUCCCCCUCCGCCAGCCUACUCUCCUCGUACGUACAUCACCCAAAUGAACAAUACGCCAUCACCCAACACAGCUGCAGGUCAAACAAGUACAUAUCAGUUGGCGUCUUUAGUGUCUAACCAAGUUAACGCAUCUGAUGGUGGAAUCAUGACAUCAGUUGUCCAAUAUUCACCAACCAUAUCCACAAGUCCAAGUCCACCACAGUCUCCAGACAAAGCUCAAGAUGAUGGCUUAAACAGCACAUCACUACUUAGCAGAUCGGAUGACACACAGGUAGUUGGGAUGAGCGAUGGUGUUAUCGUAUCAGGAGGUGGGAAUGCCAACAGGAACCGUGGUAGAGGAGGGCGUGGUGGUCGAGGAAGAGGAAGUGGGCGGGGUCGUAGAUCAACCAGUGCACCUCCUCCGGAAUUGGAUCAUAAUCUUGAGCGUAUAUUUGUCUGGGAUCUUGACGAGACUAUAAUUAUCUUCCACUCUCUCCUCACUGGAUCGUUUGCAUCAAAGUUUGGAAAGGAUGCUCCCUCUAGUGUGUCUCUUGGCCUACGYAUGGAAGAAAUGAUCUUUAAUCUUGCUGAUUCUCACUUGUUUUUUAAUGAUUUAGAGGAUUGUGAUCAGGUCCAUAUUGAUGAUGUUGCUGCUGAUGAUAAUGGUCUUGAUUUAAGUACGUACAAUUUUGAAGGUGAUGGGUUUCAUGCAGCUGCAACAUCUGCCACACUUUGUAUGGCGACUGGUGUUCGAGGUGGCGUAGACUGGAUGAGAAAGCUCGCAUAUAGAUACAGAAAGAUAAAGGAAGUUUAUAACAGCUUUAGAAAUAAUGUUGGAGGUUUACUUGGUCCUGCAAAACGUGAAACAUGGUUGCAAUUACGAAUGGAGCUGGAAUCCUUAACUGACUCCUGGCUGACUUUAGCUCUAAAGGCAUUAACUCUUAUUCACUCUAGACCCAAUUGUUUAAACAUCUUAGUAACUACUACACAGUUAUGUCCAGCAUUAGCUAAGUGUUUGCUCUAUGGCCUGGGUGGUCUUUUUCCUAUUGAAAAUAUAUACAGUGCUGCUAAAAUUGGUAAAGAAAGCUCUUUUGAACGCAUAGCAAAUCGUUUUGGCAAAAAAUGUACCUACAUUGUAGUUGGUGAUGGCAGAGAUGAGGAGGUUGCAAGCAAACAGAUGGGUUUUCCGUUUUGGAGAGUUAGUGCUCAUUCAGACCUGAUCAACCUUCAUCAUGCAUUAGACCUUGGACAUUUGUAACAUGUAAGACAGCUCAACAUAACAACGAUUUUAUCUGCUUUCAAGAAUUAUUCUAAGAUCAUCCACUCCUAAAUGGCUAUCAUUCAUCUUGCAAGUACAGCUUAAUUAUUACAUCACAAACAGUUUUAUGUUCCUAUACAGCAAAACUACAGCGUUUCGAAGGUUAAGGUUUCUGUUUACAUGCAAUGAUGGUUGUCAUGGCAAUAGAAAGGGCGAAAGAAUAGAGAGAAAGGGCUUGUUCCAAUAAAUUUUUUAUUAUAUUGGCAGAAAAAGAAAUCUUAAGCAUCAAAUCAAUAGACUGCUAAACUGCAGCAUCUUGCCACCUAGGGAACCAAUGAAACCUACUACCAUACCRAACCAAUCAGAAAUCAUUUUUAUUUUGGGCUCGCUCCUCAUAUUCUCUAGUUGGUGUUUUCAAACAUUGUGAUGUUUAUUUGCCAUGAACCAUUAUUACUAUAGCUUUUGCAAAGUUGCUUUGAAUUGUUUCAUCAGUGAAUUAACCUAUGGGUAUGGCCGUAUAAGAGGUGGAUAGAGCACUAUCYGACCGAUAAAUCUUAUUAAGUGGAUAAAUUUAUGGGAUAACAGCAUCACUUUAUCCACUGGAUAAGGAUUUAUCCCUCUGAUAGUGCUAUCCACCUUUCGUACCUCAAGGACCCGGUUGAGAAAGUAGAGAUUUGACCAUGUUUAAUGUAUUUGCAUACUUCCAUGUACUGGCCAUGUACUAGCCAGCUUUGCAUUGAAAUUUGUCAUUUUAAUGUACAAAAGCCGUUGCAUAGAGGUAUGCAAGUACAUUAAUUGUGGUCACACUCUUGCACAUUGUGCUUUAAACAGUUCUGGUGGACAAAUUUAAGGGAGUAAUAAAGAAUAUUGAAAUAAACUAGCGAGUCUAAAAGAUUCCUACCUUGUGACAUAAAGUGUAUUGUCACACAGAAUAUAAAGUGAUGCUUCUAAAAAACAGUUUUAAAAUUUCAAAUGCAUUUUUUCAAAAAUGUAUGUAUUUGUACAGACAAUUUUUAUCAAAAAAUGGCAAUAUUAACAAGUUUCAUUACUGCUUAAAUUUAAGUCUAACAGAAAUUAUGAGAAAAAUGAAUUAAGAAUAAUAAUUAUCUUUUAAUGUUCCAAAUUAUUUUUAAAAAGAUGAUUUAGAGUUUUAGCUUGAUUAAUAUAAUACACAAAUCGAGAUGUUGAUGAUUGAUUGAAUGAUUAUCAUAUUAAUAUAUAUCAUAAUUCUUUUUGGAGUUCAGGCAAUGAACUACUUAACAAUAGAACUACCAUCUUGCAUUGCAAAGGCAUCAUGGGGUCUCCAGGGGGGCAAAUAUAGAGCUAAUGUGAGGCUUGAUGAUGUAUUCUUCUUUAUAUUGCCUGUCAUUAUUACAGCUAAGGGACUGGUCAUUAUGGGAGGGCAGGGGAUGAUAAAUUCCCCCAAAAUGCCCUUUUUUUCAGGGAGCCCCUAAGAAAGAAAAACAUUUUUCAGGACGCCCCCAAAUAUAGUGAAAUUCUCCAAUAUAAAACUUCGCAACGCCCCCUAAUUUCAUUCGGGUGAGCUUCACACUGCCCCCAUUUCCCUUUCAAUUUUUUUCAGUACGCCCCCUAUUUCUCAUCCACCACCCACCUCCCGCAAAAAUGGUCCCUAAAAAUGACACAUUGAUCACUUCUGCUAAUAAGAAAAAGGCAAACAAGAAAURAUGUGUUAUGAUUUAUGCCAUCUUUGUUUUGUUUUGCUUUGCUCUUUGGACACCCCAUAAUGCCUUGCGAUUCAAUUUAUCCACUGUAAUAUUGAAGUAGUCAAUAAAUGCAGGUCACAGUAUGACCUUUUCCCAA